AUGGAGGAGCCCGGCGCCGCGAGGUUCGCGGUGUGGCUGCACGGCCUCGGCGACUACGGCCGCGCCAACGAGUUCAUCGCCGACCACUUCUCCGCGGCAAAAACUGCCAGAGAUGAGAAAGAAGUCCUUAGAGCUGUUGAGCAUGUGCAUGAGUUGUUAGACAAAGAAGUAGCUGCCGGAACGAGUGCCUCGGACAUAUUUGUUUGUGGGAUGAGCCAAGGAGGUGCCCUAGCCAUAGCAAGUGUUCUACUCUACCCAAAAAUUUUAGGUGGUUGUCUCGUCUUCAGCGGUUCAGUUCAGCUGAGUAAAUCAUUCGCUGAAAAGGUGUUGUCUGAAGCUAGAAAGGUAAUACCCAACAGCUAUCCUUAUGCUGAAUAUUUCAGAACUGCAUCUUCUUCUCCUAUUUGA